AUGAAGCUCCCACUCCUCGUCACCCUGCUCUCUGCAACUAUUUCUUACGCUGCACCUGCAUCCACCACCAUCUGUGGUCCCGACGAAGCAAUAAUCCUCCUAAGCAAUAACACCACCAAGACCAUUAAGAAAGCCGACCUUAAGGCCCAAAUUCCAAACCUCAGCUUCCUCCCAUCCACCGACUCAACACCACCCUUCAUCACCAGCACCUCCAACCGCGACAGCAACAACACCGCCAAACGCAGCUCCUCCACGAACCUCAUAAUCCCUCUCGAUCCGCAAACCUUCCUCGGCUGGGACAUCGCCAUGUCCACCAUCACGCACGCCAAUGAAGCCCCCGUCACCCUCGCCAUCCAAUCCGGCCAAAUGAUCGCCAACAGCGUCACCACCGGCGUCUCGUCCGACGUCACCCUCAUCGAGGACUUCCUUUCACUCACCACAAGUAUCAGCUACCAGCACACCACGACGAGUACGAUCACGGGCACUGUGACGAUGACGAUCCCGAAGGGCAAAUGGGGCGCCAUUGUGAGUAAUCCUCUGACGCAUCGGAGCCGUGGGUAUGUGUUCAAUGGGGAGCCGGGAAAUGGAGGCACGUUUGAGUAUUACCAGGCAGACAGCUAUGAGGAUACGAGUUAUACGUAUGGCGAGGUAAAUGAAAAGGGUGACCGUUCAAUACGGCCACCGCAGCUUUCCUUGAUGCUUCGCGAUAACAAUGUUCUCCAACUGGAAGAGCAACAAAUCCAAGAUGCGCUCGAGAAAAUUCGGCAAUACUGGUAUCAAAUCGCGAACUUGGCCUUUCAGCUGCGGGACACAGGUUUGAUUCCUGAGUUCACAAAUCCUCGCUUCGCUCUACAUAGAACCCCGAAACUUCAAGCCCGGUCUGAACGGCUUCACAUUCGCCCAUAUGGAAUGACUCCUAUACUCAGUCUUUGCUGUGAAGCUUCUUCUAUCUGGACACUGUCUGGAGACCAGGAUUGCGGGAAACUCAAGAAGCAGACAUCACACCCUACCUUGAUACAAGUCGGCACUGCUGCUGCUACGACUUUCAGCUUCACCGAGGGCGCAUUCAGUUCAUUGAGCAGCGACACGAGCGAAGAACAUUCGAACGGACCCAAUUACCUGGGGAUCCUCGCUCUUGGAUGGUGCUAUGUCCUAUCUGCACAGCUCGUUGAGAUGCGAGGUGGGGAUUCUUCUAUGCAGUACACCAGUUUUCAGACAGGGUACAGCAAUGAAAGCUUACCUAAUGUCUCACAAGUCCACAUCGUCGAUAUUGGGGAAGUGGAGGAGAACGUAGCUCGCUGGUGGUCCGCAUUACUCGCACUGAAUGGAUGGAAAGCUACAGUGAAACAAACGCCCCAAGGGGAUUUUCUGGCACCGUGA